GUGUGUUGUGUUGUUCCCAGAAUUGGCUUUGGGAAAAGGGUUAUCGAUCGUACUGAUAAGCAGCACAUUUAAAAAGGCUGGGACAUUGUCUUACUAGAAAAUAACGACAGAUACAAAGAAGGGAGACGGUCUGGGAUAACAGACAGAGAAAAGCAUAAAAAAAGAGAAUUUGAUAUAGUCAAGAGCAAAAUGACACUUGCAGUGACUGCAGUAUGCAUGGUCAGCGUGUUUUUUGCUGUUGGAGUUGUUUGUCUACCACUGCCAGACUCGGGGCCUCAUUUAGCCAACGGAUGGGGACAGACGGUCCGGCUCAGACAUCUGUAUGCGGCCAAACACGGAUUGCAUUUGCUAAUCAACGAUAAUGGCAAGGUGCACGGAUCUCCCGAGCAGAGCUCUUACAGUUUGGUGGAAAUCCGACCUGUAGACACGGGCUGUGUCGCAAUCAAAGGAGUAGCAGCCUCGCAGUAUCUCUGCAUGGAAGGGAAUGGAAGACUGUACGCAUCGAAAACCUAUAUGAAAGAUGACUGCUCCUUCAAGGAAAACAUCCUCCCAGAUGGCUACAAUAUUUAUGUCUCUGACAAGCAUGGGACCCUGGUGAGCCUGGGUGGCAGCAGGCAGAGGCUCCAGGGGCGAGACAGAGGCAUUCCUGCACUGUCCCAGUUUCUACCAAGGGUGAGCACCCUGCCCCUGGAUAUAACAACAGAUUUUGGGUUGUCAAGCCACCCCGAGCAAGGCCCUCAGUCAGGCCUGGACAUAGACACUAUGGAUGCCUUUGGGAAACUUUCCCAGGUCUCAAUCCAAAGCCCCAGUUUCAAUAAGAGAUGAGCAACUGAUGGUGCAAUCUAUACUAAGAAGCUUCUACAUCUACAAGGUGUCUCCAAUCUCAAUUAGUUUUUGGCACAUGACAUUAUACACCACUCCAAACAUACAGGCCCAAGAAGAACCGGAUUGAAAUCAAUUGUAGUAUUUAUUUUGUUAUAAUUUUUUAAAACUUUACUUUUAGCCAUAUUAUUUAAUGAAAAUACUUGAUCCAUGUAUUUUGAAAAACAAAUAUGGGGCUCUGUAUGCACUUUGUCUACAUUUUUGUAGAUGCAGUCGAAGUCGGAAGUUUACAUACACUUAUGUUGGAGUCAUUAAAACUCGUUUUUCAACCACUCCACACAUUUUUUGUUAACAAACUAUAGUUUUGGCAAGU